AUGUCCCUACAACAUCACCCCCUUCCCCACCUCCACCUCCAACGGCAGGUUGGUCAAUGUCCCUACAACAUCACCCCCUUCCCCACCUCCACCCCUAACGGCAGGUUGGUUAAUGUCCCUACAACAUCACCCCCUUCCCCACCUCCACCUCCAACGGCAGGUUGGUCAAUGUCCCUACAACAUCACCCCCUUCCCCACCUCCACCUCCACCGGCAGGUUGGUCAAUGUCCCUACAACAUCACCCCCUUCCCCACCUCCACCGGCAGGUUGGUUAAUGUCCCUACAACAUCACCCCCUUCUCCACCUCCACCUCCAACGGCAGGUUGGUCAAUGUCCCUACAACAUCACCCCCUUCCCCACCUCCACCGGCAGGUUGGUCAAUGUCCCUACAACAUCACCCCCUUCCCCACCUCCAACGGCAGGUUGGUCAAUGUCCCUACAACAUCACCCCCUUCUCCACCUCCAACGGCAGGUUGGUUAAUGUCCCUACAACAUCACCCCCACCUCCACCUCCAACGGCAGGUUGGUCAAUGUCCCUACAACAUCACCCCCUUCCCCACCUCCACCUCCAACGGCAGGUUGGUCAAUGUCCCUACAACAUCACCCCCUUCCCCACCUCCACCGGCAGGUUGGUCAAUGUCCCUACAACAUCACCCCCUUCCCCACCUCCACCUCCAACGGCAGGUUGGUCAAUGUCCCUACAACAUCACCCCCUUCCCCACCUCCACCUCCAACGGCAGGUUGGUUAAUGUCCCUACAACAUCACCCCCUUCCCCACCUCCACCUCCAACGGCAGGUUGGUCAAUGUCCCUACAACAUCACCCCCUUCCCCACCUCCACCUCCAACGGCAGGUUGGUCAAUGUCCCUACAACAUCACCCCCUUCUCCACCUCCAACGGCAGGUUGGUUAAUGUCCCUACAACAUCACCUCCUUCUCCACCUCCAACGGCAGGUUGGUUAAUGUCCCUACAACAUCACCCCCUUCCCCACCUCCACCUCCAACGGCAGGUUGGUCAAUGUCCCUACAACAUCACCCCCUUCCCCACCUCCACCCCUAACGGCAGGUUGGUUAAUGUCCCUACAACAUCACCCCCUUCCCCACCUCCACCCCUAACGGCAGGUUGGUCAAUGUCCCUACAACAUCACCCCCUUCCCCACCUCCACCGGCAGGUUGGUCAAUGUCCCUACAACAUCACCCCCUUCCCCACCUCCACCGGCAGGUUGGUCAAUGUCCCUACAACAUCACCCCCUUCCCCACCUCCAACGGCAGGUUGGUCAAUGUCCCUACAACAUCACCCCCUUCUCCACCUCCAACGGCAGGUUGGUCAAUGUCCCUACAACAUCACCCCCUUCCCCACCUCCACCUCCAACGGCAGGUUGGUCAAUGUCCCUACAACAUCACCCCCUUCCCCACCUCCACCGGCAGGUUGGUUAAUGUCCCUACAACAUCACCCCCUUCCCCACCUCCACCGGCAGGUUGGUCAAUGUCCCUACAACAUCACCCCCUUCCCCACCUCCACCCCUAACGGCAGGUUGGUUAAUGUCCCUACAACAUCACCCCCUUCCCCACCUCCACCUCCAACGGCAGGUUGGUCAAUGUCCCUACAACAUCACCCCCUUCCCCACCUCCACCUCCAACGGCAGGUUGGUCAAUGUCCCUACAACAUCACCCCCUUCCCCACCUCCAACAGCAGGUUGGUUAAUGUCCCUACAACAUCACCCCCUUCCCCACCUCCACCUCCAACGGCAGGUUGGUCAAUGUCCCUACAACAUCACCCCCUUCCCCACCUCCAACGGCAGGUUGGUCAAUGUCCCUACAACAUCACCCCCUUCUCCACCUCCAACGGCAGGUUGGUCAAUGUCCCUACAACAUCACCCCCUUCUCCACCUCCAACGGCAGGUUGGUUAAUGUCCCUACAACAUCACCCCCUUCCCCACCUCCACCUCCAACGGCAGGUUGGUCAAUGUCCCUACAAGAUGGGUGACGGCCGGCCGGCAGGUAGAGAUGGGUGGCCGGCCGCCGGCUGGUAA